AUGUCCCCCUCAAAGAGUCCUGGUCCUGUGGACGCUUUGACUAUCAAUAUCCCUAAAAAACUCGAGCCCAAGGGCUCCGGUGGCACUGUUAUUAUAAAUCAGCCCAAGAACAAGGAACCUCCCGCCUCUAGCAAAGCCGACUCCGAGGCCUGA